CCAUGGCUCGCACGAAGCAGACGGCGCGCAAGUCGACGGGCGGCAAGGCCCCGCGCAAGCAGCUGGCCACCAAGGCGGCCCGCAAGAGCGCGCCGGCCACCGGCGGCGUCAAGAAGCCGCACCGCUACCGGCCCGGCACGGUGGCCCUGCGCGAGAUCCGCCGCUACCAGAAGUCCACCGAGCUGCUGAUCCGCAAGCUGCCGUUCCAGCGGCUGGUGCGCGAGAUCGCGCAGGACUUCAAGACCGACCUGCGCUUCCAGAGCUCGGCCGUGAUGGCGCUGCAGGAGGCGUGCGAGGCCUACCUGGUGGGGCUCUUCGAGGACACCAACCUGUGCGCCAUCCACGCCAAGCGCGUCACCAUCAUGCCCAAGGACAUCCAGCUGGCGCGCCGCAUCCGCGGGGAGCGGGCGUAAACUUGAUCUCCUGAUUCUGUGCCAACUUUGAACCCAAAGGCUCUUUUCAGAGCCAACCACUUUGCUCUAUAACAGAUGCCGUGACACUUAAACAAACAUGGUGCACAUAGAGAAAGCAAGCAGAGCUCGUGUGCUACUCGGAGGUGGGAAGAGAUGAAAGAGAGC